AUGUCCCUGACUAGGGAGACCUUCAUAAAGUUACAUCAUACAGAACAUGCUAACACCGAUUAUGAAAUUAAUAGUGAUCCAGUUCAUUCUAGGCCAGAGCCAUCCACUCUACCAGAGACAAAUUAUCAAUUACCAAGGACAGCAUCAGCUGCUGCAGUUACUGCUCAGCCAUCUCCUCUCCCAUCAAAUGAUUUUUUAUUUUAUCCACCGGCCUCGGGAGCAAGCAGCAGCAGGCGCAUGCCGACUACUCAGGGCCUAUAUACAAGUAGACGCGUGGCACCUACCCAAGACCUAUCUUCUAAUGGCGUAUCUUUGAGUAAUCUGUAUAGUGGCCUGGGUGAGGUUGCGUUAGGUGAGCCGGAGCCAGGACCAUCUCAAAGGCCAAAGAAAGGGAGCCGGAUAACAAGGACAGAAAAGGUGCCCCUUGGAGUAAUUGGCCAGCCAUUGCCUUGCGAAUCAUUGGAGUUACCUCUGCCUCACUAUUGCCCGAAAUGUAGCGCAAAAAAGUUUGCAUAUGAGUCCCUGCAUUUCUGUUGUGGUGAUGGAGAAGUGGAGCUAGCUUCCAGUGACUAUCCACCUGAACUUGUAAGGCUAUUCACUUCUCAAGAUGAAGAUGCCUUGCAUUUCAGGAAAUAUGCACGACUUUAUAACAACAUGUUUGCCUUUAGUUCGCUUGGCGGGGCAAUUGAUGCAAAGACUCAUAAGGGAAUAUAUGUCUUUAAAUUGCAUGGCCAAAUUUAUCAGUAUAUUCCUGAUUUGAUCCCUGAUAAUGACAAUCCUAAAUAUCUACAACUUUAUUGUUAUGAUGCCCAACAUGAAGCUGAAAAUCGAUUAGGCUGUUUCCCAGAGUUGAGAGAAGACAUAAUUAACAUCCUGAUGAAUAUUACUCAAAAGAAUCCAUAUGCCAGAUUUUUUUCGCUCCCUAAAGAAAUUGAAAUCAAUGACAAUACACAGAUAGUGGUGAAUAAGCAUACAAUACCUGAUCAACGUGUUUAUAAUGCUCCUACAUCUGAUGAGGUUACUGUCAUUUUGCCUGAUGCCACAUCAUCGAGUGAAUCUAGCAGUCCACACAUACUUGUGUCCGAUAAAUCUAACGAGUCACAUAGGAUCAUGCAUUAUUAUGGUUGUUAUGACCCGCUUCAGUAUCCACUUUUAUUUCCAUGUGGUGAUUGCGGGUGGAACCAGGGCCUAAAACGAAUGUCUACAGGCGGUCAGAGGCAGCUAAGUGUACAGCAAGACCCAAUCAUGUCUUGUGUUGUGCACACUGCUGAAGACUUGCUAUCACAUGAGGACUUACGUAUGUUUUGUCUUCUAUGUUUGCAGUCUUACACAUGGCAUGUUCUUAGUAGAAUGCUUAUCAUAACUAACUGUCUAUAUCUUGUAGGUGCAACUGAGAGUUGUCCGAAGGCAGACAAGCAUAUCUCUUGCAGGGAUUAUUAUUCGUAUAAACUCCAAAGUCGUCCUAAUAAUUUGCUUCUUAGAGCCGGUAGAUGUCUCCAACAGUACAUAGUAGACAUGUACGUGAAAAUUGAAAACACCCGGCUUGAUUUUUUCCGCAAAAAUCAAGACACUAUAAGGGCAGACCUUUACCAAGGAAUAUUGGACACUGUGGAAAGCGGAGAAAAUAAUGCAGCUAAUGUGGGGCGUCGUGUUGUCCUCCCACCGACUUUUAUCGGGGGGCCUCGAGAUCUAAAAAGGAGAUAUUUAAAUGCCAUGGCGCUUGUUCAGCGGUAUGGAAAGCCUGACUUGUUUGUCACAAUGACGUGUAAUGUGAACUGGCCUGAAAUUAAGCAAGAGUUGGCUGUAGGAGAAGAAGCACAGAAUCGCCCGGAUUUGGUUUCAAGGAUUUUCCGAGCAAAAUUGCUGGCCCUCAAGAAACAAAUUAUGGAAAAGCAUGUAUUUGGUGAAGUUACUACGAUGAUCUACGUUGUCGAGUUCCAAAAACGGGGUCUUCCCCAUGCACAUUUUCUCAUCAUUCUGAAGCCUGCUUUCAAGAUUAAGUCUCCUGCUGACUAUGACCGAUUCGUGUGUGCGGAGUUACCCCCCAUAGAGUCGCCCCGCCUACGAAAAAUCAUCCUCAAGCAUAUGAUGCAUGGCCCUUGUGGGCACCUUAACCCUCAAUGUCCUUGUAUGAAACAUCAGGGAUCUGUGAACCAUUGUAAAUACGGGUAUCCAAAGAAGUUUUGUGUUCAGACGACCAACAGUCUUGAUGGUUAUCCGUUGUAUCGAAGACGGGACACUGGAGAAACAUUUCCCAUUCGUAGGGCAGCUCUGGAUAACAGAUGGGUUAUUCCAUAUAACCCGUAUCUCUCAUCUUUAUUUGACUGCCAUCUGAACGUUGAGGUUUGUUCAAGCAUCCAAGCAGUAAAAUACUUAUACAAAUACGUAUACAAGGGCCAUGAUAGGAUAUCAUUCAAUGUCGUGCAGGAUGGUGAGCAACGGCCUGUUGAUAAAAUCGAUCAGUACCAGUCUGGCAGGUGGGUUUCGCCCUGUGAAGCUGCUUGGAGAGUUUUUGGUUUUGACCUUUAUGAAAUGCACCCGGCUGUUUUGCCGCUUCAGAUUCACUUGCCUAACAUGCAACAAAUUCAAAUCAGGCCUUAUGAGCAGCUCGAUGUUGUCCUUGCAAAUGAAAAAAGGUCUCGUACUCCUUUGACUGAGUUUUUCAAAGCAAAUGCUGCAACGCCUGAUGGCACCGGCUAUCUGUACGGUCAGUUCACUGAAAAAUGCAGGUGGGAUGCUUCUGCAAAAGAAUGGCUGCAGAGGAAAAACAAAACUGUGGUUGUUGGUAGGCUAGCUUUUGUUGCUCCAGCAGAAGGGGAACGCUAUUUUCUGAGGUUGCUGCUCGUGCAUGUGCGUAGCCCUAAAUCAUUUGAAGAUCUCUUAACAGUGGACGGUUAUAGAUGUGCGACUUUUCAAGAAGCAGCCCUUAAACGAGGACUACUUGAGGAGGAUGAUGCUGUUGACCUUUGCCUAGCUGAGGCAUGUGAGGUCAAAAUGCCUGCUGCAUUGCGCCGAUUAUUUGCGACAAUCCUCAUUUUCUGCCAACCAAGUGACCCAAAUGCAAUGUGGCUGAAAUACUACGCCGCUCUCUCUGAGAAUUAUAAACACCAGUUUCCAGAUUCAGAGUCUAAGGUCAAGCAACUUACGGCAAGAUCAGUUGAGCAAUAUUUAGAAGCAAUGGGGAAAUCGCUUAAGGCUUUUGGCCUUGAACAUUUGAACGAGGCUCAGGAUGCUGAGAUCACAAGAACGAAAGACAUACUUGAUGCACUUGAUGCCCCGAUUCCUGAGCAUUGCAUUACUUGUCGUGGUAGUUUAAACCCAGCACAACAACUUGCCUUUGAUUGUAUCAUCGACCAUGUCAAGCAAAAAAAACCUGGUGCAUUUUUUAUAGAUGGCCCUGGUGGAACGGGGAAAAUGUUCUUGUAUAAUGCGUUAUAUGCAGAGGUUCGCUUGAUGGAUAAAAUUGUCCUUGCAACUGCUACCUCAGGUAUUGCCGCAGCCAACAUACCAUCUGGGAGGACCGCACACUCGAGGUUCAAGAUACCAAUUGAUAUUGAUGCUUCCUUGGCUUGCGACAUUCCAAAGCAGGGUAGCUUAGCUGCAUUGAUACAAGAGACAACUUUGAUCAUAUGGGAUGAGGCCUCGAUGGCAAGGAAAGAAAAUGUUGAAUCCCUCGAUCUGCUCCUCCGGGAUUUGUGUGAUGAAAAGUUGCUCUUUGGCGGUAAACUCAUAGUUUUUGGUGGAGACUUUCGCCAAGUUCUGCCUGUCGUUCCACGUCAAACACAACGAGAAGCAGUAGCUGUUAGUUUAGUCAGUUCUGGUAUUUGGCCUCAACUAACAAAGUUUCGGCUCACGGAAAACAUACGUGCAAGGGACGAUCCAGAAUUUUCUGCAUUCUUGCUUGCCCUUGGGAAUGGAGAGUUGCAGACCGUCAACAAAAACUUUGUUCAGUUGCCGAGCAAGGUUGUUAGGCAUGUGGAGGAUGGCACUGAUCCUAUAACUGAACUAAGUGCGCUUAUAUUCCCCGAGUUUGAUUCAAACAGCUUCAGUUUAGAUAUAUUUACAACAAGAGCAAUACUUACUCCAAUGAAUGAUGAUGUUGACACCAUCAACACAGAUCUUAUUCAACAGUUCCCGGGUCAGGCUGUGGUGUAUAAAAGCUUUGACACGAUGCUUGAUGACAACUGUAAUGUCUAUCCCACAGAAUUCAUAAACACAUUAUGUCCUGGUGGGAUGAGUCCUCAUGAGCUCAUCUUGAAGGAGGGUAGUCCAGUUAUUUUACUACGAAAUCUACUGCCAUCCUCCGGCCUCUGCAAUGGUACGAGGAUGAUAUGUAAGAGGUUCUUCCCCAACCUAAUUGAGUGUGUUAUAAUAACCGGACAUCAUGAACGAAAACAUGUUUUCAUUCCACGCAUUAAGCUAAGGCCGGCUGCUUCCUCAAAAUAUCCAAUUCUCUUUCAGAGGAAAAAAUUUCCUAUCAAGCUUAGCUUUGCAAUGACAAUCAACAAGUCUCAAGGGCAGACAUUAAGUCAAGUUGCAAUUUACCUUCCUCGGCCAUGUUUUUCACAUGGGAAGCUUUGCGCUGUUUCAUUUUGCCUGAUAGUUGCUGCUCAACAAUAUUUACAUUCUAAGUGUACUUGUUAUUAUUUAGAAAAUCUGCCCUGCAUUGCUGGUCAUGCUGAAGUGUAUAUACUAGCAACACCCCAGAUCUACAAAGAUGAAAUGUUUGACAAGAUAGUGGAUGCAUUCUCAUUUGUUGUUAUUCUACUUGAUACCAAUGCAGAGGAAAUGAGUUUACUCCAACUCUAUGUAUACAAAAGCACUUGCAAGCUUGUUCUCAGUGUCUAUGCAUAA